GCUAUAUUAGCUGGGCAUUUUAUUACGACGAAAGUCAACGCCUGCAAGAGACCGAGAAAGUGCAGAAAUGGGCACCGGGAGGCAAGAAAAGUCCACCUUCCCAUGGAGAUUGUCGGCUGGGCUGCUUAUCGUCGCCCUCUUGACAAGCCUGUAUACGUGGGCAGAUUCAGUCAAGUCCAAAUGGUACAUGUUUGACCCCGCGGCACUGCAGAAGCUGGUCGACGACAGCCUGUCACGUUAUCCUAAUUCGACAGCGGGAGUGGUCCACAGCAUUGUUACAACCCUUCGAGAACAACAUGGACCAGCCCUCAUCAGCGAGGAUCCCUUUCCCCAUGUUGUCCAGAACAGCUCCGAGAUCUCACCCCUGUCGCCCUAUCCCUCGCAAUGGGUUUUCAACAAUGCCGGCGGGGCAAUGGGGAGCAUGUACAUUAUCCACGCCAGCAUCACCGAGUACCUGAUCAUCUUCGGCACCGCUCUGGGCACCGAAGGGCACACCGGCCGCCACACGGCCGACGACUACUUUUUCAUCCUCGAGGGCGAGCAGUGGGCGUACCCGGCGCACUCGUUGGCUCUCGAGCGCUACCCGAAGGGGAGCAUGCACCACCUCCGCAGGGGCAACGUCAAGCAGUACAAAAUGCAUCGCGGAUGUUUUGCCCUGGAACUUGCGGAGGGUUGGAUCCCGCCCAUGCUUCCGUUCGGGCUGGCCGACACCAUGUUCUCCACCUUGGAUUUUCCCACGUUUGCCAAUACGGUGUGGUUGACGGCGCAGAAGAUGGUGGGUUGUCUGCUGGCUGGUAAGAUUUAGAUGGAGAACCAAAACUGUUGCGCCCAUUGCUUUUGCCUCCUACGGAUCUGGCAUCACUCCGCAGGGGCAAGCGGGAGAACUAUACUGUCAUUGCUUUGGUCUCGACGAGUCAAAAGAGAUGGAUGCCUCUAUCGCAGACGAACGCUCAUAAGAUUCUCUAAAAUUCUGUUCCGAGGAUAAUAAGGGUCCUAUUAUCCCCAUGUACCUUCCUAUUUAUACUCUCCAUCUCGUCCCAGAAUGCUCAAAGCAGCCACAAUCAUGGCCUCGACGCCUGUUUUCAGGGCCGUAUCAAGAAUUGGAGCAAAAAAGGGGCUGUGGUUGACAUGGAUCGGUUUGGCCGCCGGGUCAAUGCCUCCAAACCGCCAAUAGCAGUACGGCUUGUCCACCGUGGUGGCGAGAUACGCAAAGUCGUCGCUCGCAUUCAUUGCUUCCCCGUCGCUGCAGUAUCUCUGAGGGCCGAAGUGAGCUGCGAACCCUUCCUCCAGUUUCUUCGUCACCUCGACGUCGUUGCUCAUCGGCGGGAACUGGCUGAUGGUCUCGAAGAUCGGGGCUCGCACACAACCGCUUGCGUCGCACUCGGCUUGGACGAUGCGACGGAUGGCGGAUAGGACCUUCUCGCGGGUCUCAGGGUCCCAGGUGCGGACGUUGAUCUUUAUGGUCGCUUCGCUGGGGAUCACAUUCUCCGCCUGACCGGCCUGGAUGGACGCCACUGUGACCACCGCCGUGGUUCUGGGCUCGACCUCGCGAGCCACGAUGCCCUGAAGCCUCACCACCACGUGCGAAGCGAGCAGCACCGGAUCAAUGGUGCGAUGAGGCAUCGCCGCGUGUCCCCCACUGCCGUACAUUGUGAUCUUGAUCGAAUCCGCCGCCGAGGCCAUGGCGCCACGUCUGGUCUGGAUCGUCCCCACAGGCAGCCCGCCGACGUGCUGCGCCGGGACGACGUCUGGCACCUUGCACCCGUGGCGCUGGGGGUCGUAGAGCCCGUCCUCCACCAUGGCCUGUGCACCACCACCGCCCUCCUCGUUGGGUUGAAAGAGGAAGAUCGCGGUGCCUUUCCAGACGUGUCGGUGCUUGCUCAGGGCUUCGGCCGCCGCCAACCCACAGGCGAUGUGCAUGUCGUGGCCGCAGGCGUGCAUCACCGGCUUUUCCACACCAUCUCGGACGUCAAUCUGGCGAACCGUGCUGGCGUAUGCCAAACCGGUCUGCUCCAGCACCGGCAAGGCGUCCAAUUCGGCCCGGAUGAGAAGGGUCUUUCCCGAGCAUGAUGCUGGCGUCUCGCUACACGACGAAGACCUGCAAUUGUGCAAAGCCCCGAUCAGGCCGUGUCCGCCAAUCGAGGUCGUCACUUCGUAUCCGUGAGUUCGCAGGUGCUGUGUGGCGAUUGACGCUGCAUACGACUCCUGUAGUGAGAGGCCUGGGUGACGGUGAAGAUCUUUGUACAGCUCCUCGUAUGGAGCAAGGUCUGGAAUCACGGUGGAAACAAUCUCUGAUAGCCCUGAGGCUGCAGUCAGUCCUGUCAUGCUGUUUCCAGUGCUGACGAGGUUUUACGUCGAGACCCAAAGCCCAAGCACAUUCGAAGUCGCGCCCAUCACUUUGAGAUCGGUCGGGGACGAGUAUCGAGAUCUUCUGCUGAGCCGCAUACUUGACUGCCACCCUCUCUCAUGUGCUUCAAUAAUAUCG